AUGGACAGUGCCAAUGAUCCUUCCUCGUCCCCAAGUUUCGCCUCAUCGUCUUAUGUGUCAAAUGGGUCUAGUUAUAACAACGUUCCUGCAGUAUUCAGCCAUGACCCUUCUGCAAAUUCUGAUCAUAUGUGUCUUAGCAAGCUAAGUGCAAACCUUGAGAAGCUUGUGGUUGAUUCUGACUACGACUAUACUGAUGCUGUGAUUGUUGUUGAGGGCAUUGAUGUGGGUGUUCAUCGAUGUAUAUUGGCGGCUCGGAGUCAGUUUUUUCAUGAGCUUUUUAAGCAGGAAAUGGAUAGCUCAACCAAAGAUGACAAGCCAAAAUAUUGUAUGUCUCAGUUGGUACCUUUCAGCAAGGUUGGAAUUGAAGCUUUUAAAGUUAUCUUGAAUUACUUGUACACGGGAAAGCUGAAGCCAUCACCACCAGAAGUGUCAACAUGUGUGGAUGAGGCCUGUGCUCAUGAUGCAUGUGGCCCUGCUAUCAAUUAUGCAGUGGAAUUGAUGUAUGCUUCUGCCACUUUCAAGAUGAAAGAGUUGGUUUUGCUUGUACAGCGUCGACUCUUGAAUUUUGUUGAGAAAGCUUCUGUGGAAGAUGUUAUAACUAUACUGAUUGCUGCAUUCCAUUGUCAACUGGACCAGCUGCACAUCCCCUGCAUUCAAAGAGUGGCAAGGUCAGACCUCGAUGCUGUAUCUCUAGAGAGAGAGCUUCCUAGUGAAGUUGCAAGUGAGAUUAAAGCAUUGCGUAUGAAAUCUCAGCAAGAGACUGAACCAAAUAUGGUGGAAGAAGUGGACCUGAACCGUGAGAAGAAAAUCAGGAGGCUCCACAAAGCAUUGGAUUCUGAUGAUGUUGAACUACUGAAACUUCUUUUGAGUGAAUCUUCUGACAUUACCUUGAAUGAUGCUUAUGCCGUUCACUAUGCCACUGCCUAUUGUGAUCCUAAGGUCAUUAAGGAGGUUCUUAAUCUAGGCUUGGCAGAUCUCAAUCUUAAGAACCCUAGAGGACAUACAAUUCUUCAUGUUGCGGCAAGGCGUAAGGAUCCUAAAAUCAUUGUGGCCCUUCUGGACAAGGGAACCUCUGCAUUAGAACCUACAGCUGAUGGACAAACUGCUGUUACCAUAUGUCGAAGGCUGACUAGACCUAAGGAUUAUAAUGAGACGACUCACAAGUGUCAGGAAUCUAACAAAGAUCGGUUAUGUAUUGAUGUGUUGGAGAGAGAGAUGUGUAGGAGUUCUAUCUCUGGUAGAAUGGAAAUGACAACUCAGAUUUCCGCUGCUGACAUGCACGUGAUGCUAGACUAUCUAGAAAAUCGAGUGGCCUUUGCUCGUCUUUUUUUCCCUGCCGAGGCCAAGGUCGCAAUGGAGAUUGCGGAUGCAGAUUCAACAAUAGCAUAUACUGGCCUUGUAUCAUCCAAGGGAUCAUCUGGCAACUUGCUUAAGGUUGACUUGAAUGAAACACCAUCUGUUGGAACCAAAAGACUCCAAUCCAGAAUGCAAGCUCUAAUGAAAACAGUGGAGACAGGUCGACGCUUUUUCCCUCAUUGCUCGGAUGUUCUCGACAACUUCUUAGCAGACGACAUGCCCGAUCUUCUCUUCCUCGAAAAGGGAACUCCAGAAGAGCAGAAGAAGAAGAAGACUCGUUUCAUGGAACUUAAAGAUGAUGUACAGAAGGCAUUCUGCAAGGACUUAGCAGAGAACAACCGAUCAGGUUUUUCAUCUUCCUCAUCUUGUUCUCCUCCAAAAGUGGGAGUAAAUCAGAAAGGUAGGAGAAAAUAAAGUGAGAGUUGUGCUAUAUUUUUGUAGGGAACAUACAGUUGAACGUUGCAUAGAAUUUUCCUGUGGAAGAAUAUUUAUAUUAUAGGAAUGUCUUCUCUGUAUGCUGUUCUUGGCCUGUAAAAUAAUUCUAACUUAUUAGUUUCUAGGAAAAAGAAAUUGGGCACUUUUCUAGUGGA